ACACGACGCAACGUUUUGAAACCUACAGAUGGUAUACUCCCAUUUGCAAUAAACUAAACGUCGGUUUAUACCCAGAACGUUUAUCCGUAACAUUUGAGAACGUCUUUCAACUGAAAGGCAUCUUUACGCCCUGGAAAUAUAUACACGUGACAAUAACAAGCAUCAUGGCGUCGCACAGCAAAGCAUGUACGAGUAGAGAACGUAGUAUCCUACACUGACUAACUAAAUGUAAACAUGAACGUAUUAAUUUGCCUCUUCAGUGUAUUGUACACGUAUGAUAUGAACACCGUGUAGACCAAAUACAUGUAUUUCGCAGGUUUAGCUGUAUGAUGUCGGUUGUGUUCAAAAAUACCAAUGGAUGGCUGUUGGACGCGUGUUCACUUGUCAACCAAGGUGUCCAACUCUGCACUUCAGCGGGAAAAGCAGCAAAGGAAAAGUCGUAUUUUAAAUGUUGUUUUAAACAGCAGUGUUUUAAGGUUUUAACGUCUCAUGUAAAUGUCAGUGGCACCAACGACAUUUCCAUUCCAGACAGAUUGCUAGUGCUACAGGGGAGUGAAAAUGACGCUUCAGUACAUUUUAACCGAUCGAAGAGAAGAAAACGUAAACGCAGUGAAAUGAACCAAGGAGAAAUUGAUUCACUGGCCUACCAUCUAAAGAUCAGGUCUGCCAUUGCAGAGGGCACCAAAUCCUUGGUGGAUGCCGGGCUCUCCUGUGGUUACCUGAGUGACGUCAAAGAGGAGAAUGAACCUCUGCCCUCCCAGGAAUGCAACCUUGCUGCCUUGUGUGACAUGGCUAAAGGCCUCCCUCUAGUGGCUGAUAUCAGCCAAGUGCAGUUUAUAAGGCCUGAGGAUGGCUGUAGCACAACACACCUUGAACUGUUCACGCAGGUCACUGAGAGCUGCAUGGACUGUGCCGUUGAGUUGACGCUGAUGGGACAGAAGUACAUUAUCCCUCCGCGAUGUUCCUUCCUACUCUCAGAUUUGACCAGAAUCCAGCCUCUGGUUGACUAUGGGAAGUUGUUCAACCUCAUUGUGAUGGAUCCUCCAUGGGAAAACAAGUCUGUCAAAAGGAGUGGCAGGUAUGGCUUUCUGCCCUCCACCCAGCUUAAAAGGCUGCCCAUCCCCCUUCUGGCCGCUGCCGGCUGUGUGGUGGUCACCUGGGUGACCAACCGGUCCAGCCACCUGCGCUUUGUCAAGGAUGAGCUGUACCCGCACUGGGGCGUGGAGGUGCUGGCUGAGUGGUUCUGGGUCAAGGUCACCAACUCUGGGAAGUAUGUGUUUCCACUUGACUCCCCUCAUAAGAAACCAUAUGAGGUGUUGGUGCUCGGUCGAUAUCGUGGGUCCGGAGAUGACUCACACAGGUCUCGCGGGAACACGGAGCUCUCUAUGGAGGAUCAGCGUGUAAUCGUCAGCGUCCCGUCAGCGCUGCACUCCCAUAAACCCUCGCUCUCGGAUGUGUUGAAACCGUACGCUGGCGCCGAUGCCGAUUGCCUGGAACUGUUUGCCCGAAGCCUGCAGCCGGGCUGGACCAGCUGGGGCAACGAAGUGAUCAAGUUUCAGCAUGUCAGUUACUACACCGUGGAACUCACCAGCGCUCCAACAGACAAGUCUAUAGACGAGGAUGUGGGCGAUCCAACUGACCCCUCCCCCGAAGCGGACCUACCCCCCCCCCCCCCCCCCCCCGCACCCCAAUACCUCGUCUAA